UUUCCAUUUUCCCGCAUUUUCAUUGAUUUUCCGUCCAAUUCUAGAGUUUUUAAAGUUAAAAAGGUCCAGUAAAAUGCCUGCCAUCCUGGAAACCAACCCAAUUGCUAUUCGAGCUUGCAUUCUCUACGAGGUCCGCCAAAAGCGGCCAAUUUUCGAGUCUUUCAAGAAUUUUUGCAAUGCGUUUGGAAAUGAUUUUAUGGAAUAUCGAGAAUUUGAGCGCUGGUUUUAUCGAUUUUAUCAUGGAAACGAGGAUUUGGAUUAUGAUAUGAGCCGGGAACCAAAAACAGCAUCGCUAUCCGAGUUGCCAAUUGAAAUAUUGUUCAAAAUUGUGGAAAACUUGAAUUUUCUGGACAGACUUCUCCUCCGCAACGUCUCGCCAUGCUUCCGCAGCAUCGCCGAGGAUCACGUCAACGAGGUCACCAACAUCUCAGUGACUUCUAUUCCAAACCACGUACAUGUAUGCUUCUAUCAUGAAAGUGACUAUACAGAUAUUAUAUGUAAACGUGUGGAUGAUGAUUGUGUAAUUACUAAAAUGUCGCAAUACGAGGAUUCAAAGGAUUGGAAAAUUGAAGGAGUUUCUCAUGUGACUGUUGCAUUGAACUAUCUGUCUAGGGUAUUGAAGAGCCCGAAGUUGAAGCUGGAAAAGUUAAGACUGGACUUUUUGGAGCAUAAUAAAGAGGAUACCCAGUGUAUGGAAGAAUUAUUAACUGUGCUUGAAAAUUCCGAACCCCAUGUUCUGAACAUUGAAUUCGAAGGACUAAACUUCCACGAAACAUCUAGUGUUCUCAAAAACCUGAAAAAUGUUGAAGAGAUACAACUAUCAAUGUACAGUAUACAAGAGUUGUCUGGAAUUGAGAAGCUCGUUGAGCUGGAGCAAUGGAAGACAGCAAAGACACUUGAUAUAUCGAGUCAUGAAGACAUUGAGAUGGAUAUUAAAGAUUUGCUGCACUUUCAAUCAAUUGAUGUUCGUCUGAAAUCGUUUUCAGUUCAGGAUGCGGUUAAGGUUAAGGAGACCCUCGAACUCCGCACCUCUGACUUCAGAUCAGGAACGUUCAGAGUCCUUAACACAGAUACUCGAAAAAUCGGAAAAGUAUUCAACCCAAAAUAUACAGACGCUGCUAACAACACAUUCAACUUCAAGACUAAAAAUUCCUCAUUUGAAAUAACUAUGUGUUCCAAGGAAAUUUAUGUUAAACGGAAGCUAUAAAAGGAGUCUAGCAGUCAUAAUUCCACGCUUAUUUAUAUAUCUUGUUGCCAUAAAUUGAGUUUAGAUACUUUUCAGAAAUAAAGUUUUAUUAAUGAAAUA